UGGCUGCCUCUGAGGCAAAUCGAGCGUCUUUUCGUUCAGGAGCUGUUUUGAACAGCUACUUCGUGCUGGUGCCGUGUAGGACCCCACAAUCCAUUAUGGCGGCGCCCGAUGAGACUUUAAACUGUGAGGACUUUUCCAUGUUUCAGGAGGGCUUAAAGGUGAUGCGCACCAUAGACGACCGCAUUGUCCACGCCCUGAACACUACAUUGCCGACAGUCUCCUUCUCAGGAAAAGUGGACGCCACACAGACCUGCAAAGAACUGUACGAGUCGCUGAUGAAAGCCCAUCUGAGUAGAGACAAAGCCAUUAAGACCUGUAUAGCCCAGAAAUCGGAAGUGGUAGCACGGCUGAGGGAAGAACGAGAAAAAGACAGUGAGGAUCUGAAACUAAUCAAACAGCUUCGAAAGGAGCAAACCAAUUUGAAGCUCAUGCAGUCGGAGCUGAAUGUUGAAGAAGUUGUCAACGAUAGAAGCCUGAAGAUUUUCACUGAACGAUGCAGAAUCCACUACCAGCCUCCAAAGGUUUAGUGAAGAUCCAUCUGAUGAAAGAAUGCCUCUUCGCUCUGUUUGAACCCAGAUCGGAGCUGAGCGCGUGGGAGCUGACGCCUUGAACCGACCGCAGGGCGCUCGUCCAACAGACCGACCGGACCUCCUUUCCACUUCACCGUCAUUAUUGUAUAGAAGAAUGAUUGCUGUAGGAGUCAUCUUUUUUCUUCACAAUUAAUUAAUGUACAAAAGCUUUUUUUUUUUUUUUUUU